GGAGUGGAUGGGAUUACAAAUGCUGGCCGAUGGAGUGGCGUUUUAUGGAUAAAUAUACAUUUUUAUGUCGUCAGUUUCUUUGAAAGCAGCGAUGGGCAGUGGGAGGAAUAACGACAUUCUCUGUUGGCUUUUCAUCCUGUUUUUAUCUGACUGGACUGCUGCUCAGAUAUCCUUCUCUGUUUCCGAGGAGGUGGACAAAGGGACUGUGGUAGGGAAUCUCGCAAAGAAUCUAAAUGUAAACGUUCGAGAUCUGCAAACCAGGAAUCUAAAUAUCGUGUCUGGGUACAGUAAGAAAUAUUUCGAGGCAAAUUUUAAAACGGGGGAUCUUUAUGUUAAUGAGCGAAUAGACCGCGAGGAGCUGUGUCCAAACGCGAUCAAAUGCACGCUAAACUUAGAGGCUAUACUGAGUGAUCCCAUGGUUCUCCACCGCAUCGAGGUGGUAAUUGUUGAUUUAAAUGACAACGCACCUACCUUCGUCGAGAAGGCAUAUUCAUUAAACAUAUCUGAAUUGUCACCUACGGGCGAACACUUCUUGCUUCCCCUGGCUCUUGAUGCAGACACGGGAAGCAAUUCAGUCAAGACUUACAGGCUGAGUCCAAAUGAAUACUUCUCCCUAGAUGUACAGAGCGGUGGAGAACAUAGUGUUUCUGCUGAAUUGGUGCUGUUGAAAGCUUUGGAUCGUGAAAAACAGGCUGUUGUUAAACUAACGCUGACCGCUGUAGAUGGGGGAAAGCCUCCUAAAACCGGGAGCUUGCACAUUAAUGUAAAUGUUCUGGAUGCCAAUGAUAACACGCCGUCAUUUAGUAAAACGCUUUACAAGGCACGAGUGAAUGAAAAUGCGGCAGCUGGAUCGUUAGUAAUUCAACUGAGUGCCACAGAUUUAGACGAAGGGGACAACGGGAGGGUUACGUACUCUUUUGUCAAGCGUGGGAACUUCAACCCUGCGGAUGUGUUUUUAAUAAAUGCAGAAACAGGGGAGAUCACAGUAAAGGGUAAUUUGGAUUAUGAAGCACAGCCAGUAUAUGAAAUUCAUGUCCAAGCAAGAGACCAGGGGUUUUCUCCCCGGAGUGCAAAUGGGAAGCUGCUGGUGGAGGUAGUUGACGUGAACGACAAUGCCCCAGAAAUUGUGGUGACGUCACUCAUGAACCCUGUUAAAGAAGAUGCUGAAAUAGGAAGCGUCGUCGCUUUAGUGACAGUGACUGAUAAAGAUGGAGGAAAAAAUGGUCAGACUAACUGUAAACUUAUUGGCUCUGCACCUUUUAAGCUAAAUUCCAAUUAUAAAAAUUAUUACUCUUUAGUCGUAGAUGGACCUCUCGAUAGAGAAGAGUGGUCCAUUUACAAUGUGACGAUUACAGCUGUUGAUGAAGGGACCCCGCCUCUAUCCAGCACCGGCGUUAUUACUGUUGAUGUUUCUGAUGUCAAUGAUAACGCACCUCAUUUCAUUGAACCCGUGAUUAAUAUUUAUGUAAAAGAAAACAGUCCCGUUGGAGCGCGUAUCUAUACGAUAACAGCAGUGGAUCCUGAUAUAAAUGAAAACGCUAGAGUAACAUACUCAUUAGAAGGUGAUUCAAAAAGUAUUCCCAUUUCAUCUGUUGUAAACAUUAACUCAGAGACUGGAGAUAUAGUCAGAGUCCUUAACUUACGAGGAGUUGAAAACGUUUUCAAGUUUAAAGUUUUGCAGGCCACAAAGAGCUCCUGGUGGUUCCCCCGCUCAGGCCAGCAACCGUGA